AUGCCUGUUCCAAAAAGAGAUAGUCAACACAGGACCCGUGCAAGGGGCAUAGCAAGGCCAAGGGAUGGUUCCCUGGAUCACAAAGGGAGGAAAAAGGACCCUAUCCCAGCAGCCAAUGUGGCCUCUGUUCUCUCACUACCACCACUGGAGUCUCAGGAGCACCAUGCCUCCUCACCAGCCUUCAUGUAUGAGCCCCAGCCAGGUCGAGCCCUCAGCACUGGAAACCUCUCCCCUGCUCCCACUCCUCUGUCCAUGGUGGAGCUCCCUCGCCUCGUGGCAGAGGUGGGUCCUGAGCUGGCCAUGGGGGAGUCACUGUGGAUGGAGGGACCUCGUCUGAUUGCUUCAGCGCUGGGGACUGAUAUCCCUGUCAAAGUUACUCAGGUGUCAUUCGAGGAAUCUGCACUAGACAGGUAGGUUAAGCAGUGAGCAUGUAUGUUUGCUGCUUCAUUUCACUCUUGUGUUCAAAUGUGACAUUGGUCUUUCAAAAAAAUAAAAAGCACAUUCAGAUAGAACAUUUACUAUUGUGGUGUCCAUUGUUGAUUCAGCUUUACAGGUCAUGGAGACGUGUCCCGGGUAAAGACUGCUGAUCAAGACAAAGAGACAGAAGCAGGAAAAGAUGACAAGCACAGAGAGCCUCUGACUGGCACAGAGGUGGUGGAAAUCUUUGCAAAGAAAAGACAUCUGGGAAAGCUUCAGUUUUUCCACUUGCAAGCUGUGAACAAUGGCCCAUUCAGGUAGUGAACACCAUAGCCAGGCCCAUAAUGUUAUCACAUUUUUAAAAAUGUAAUAACAGUGGCUUUGCCAGUCUUCUGUAGCAUUCACACAAUUUUGCAGAUACAAUUUGUUAAUUGGAUGCGUUUUCUUUUUUUUUUGUAGACCGUAUGACCUUCGUGUGGUCCCUCCCAAUAGAGCAGGCACUGAGCACUUCAUCUUCUCCCCCACCUCUGUGCUGCAUGUGCAGGAUGGAUGCAGUGCUGGGCUCCUUUCUCUGGCAGAGUGGCAUCGGGAGGCCGUACUGUGGAGAGCCUUGCAGGACAUCCCAUUUUUCAGGAACUAUUUACUUCGUAAGGCAUUCAUCAGGUAGGCUAAGAUUGCAUCCCAAUUGUGUGCACUAUUUUUGACCAGGGCUCAUAGGAGACAAACUUUGGAACACAUCUUAACUGUCCACAUUUAUUGUAUCAUGUCACCUUUUUGGUGAGUUGCAAUUCUCUCUCUUGACUUAAACAAAUUUUUUGGUCAACUUUAUAUUGCUGUUGCGUGUCGCAGAUGGCAUAGAAGCGUGUGUAAGAUCACUCUGCAGAGGAAGUGUGAAGUACUGCAGGGUCUGCUACUCAUGGCUGUACCCCAGUUCAGAGACGCUCUCUUUCAAUUCUCCAGGUAUUCUGCAUCACAUUAUGGGUGCAUCCCAAAUGACAUCCUAUUCCCUAUGUCGUGCACUACUUUGGACCAGGGCCCAUAUGGCUCUGGUCAAAAUAAGUGCACUAUAUAGGAAUAGGGUGCCAUCUGAGAUGCAGACAUGCUUUGUACAUCAACAAAGUACAAGGGGCCUUAUUGUUCAUUUUGGUCCAUGAUUAACAUUGGAAUUGUUUUUUAUAAGUGUUUAUUUAUUUAUGUGGAAAUGCACACAAUGUUAAAUAAUAUUUUGUUACUGUUUUCAGACUGAUUGAAGAACUAAAAGGGGUUCACUGGUUGCCACAGGAUGAAUGCAAGACCUACACCCUUCUGGACUUCCAGAGUGCCCUCAUGAAAAAGAACCAGGAGUGCUGUAGGCUUCUUGAGAUAUUCUUGCAGUAUCGUGCUCUCAUCCUCAACAUGGUUUGUAACUCUACUAUUCUUACCCUUAGACAGAGGAACGCAAAUUGACUGCUAGGCCUGACACAUCCAAGAGCUUGGCCUGUUGGCCUCCAUCCCUCUCUCUAAUGUGUGUUUGUGUGUGGAUAUCAGAGGGGUUGGGUACAGCAGAAGACACAUUUCCAUCUCGUAUGGAUUAAUAAAGACCUUCUUCUUCUUCUUCUUCUUCUUCUUCUUCUUCUUCUUCUUCUUCUUCUUCUUCUUCUUCUUCCAGGUCCAGGAGGACAGCUAUGGGUCUCACCAGGAGCUGCAGUUACGUGUUGAACACUCCCAGCUCAACCAGCGCAGCCAGCCCCUGUACCUCCAGCUGGCUCAUCUGAGGGACCUGAGGAAGGAGCUGGGCCGGGCAGAGUAUGUCCUGCAGCAGCUGGGAAAUAUGGCCGCGCUGGCCGAUCAGAUGAUCGUGCAGGGUCUCGUCACAAUCACCCACCGAGAGGUCACUUCUUUCCUCAACAACGUCAUGAAGGUGACGAGAAAGAAGAGAGAGCAUGAAAUAACACAAUGUCUGCAUCCCAAAUGGCACCAUAUUCCCUAUAUAGUGCACAAUUUUUGACCAGGGCCCAAAGUCUAAGUAGUGGACUAUGGAGGGAAUAUGGUGCCAUUUGUGACUCACAUCAUCAUGUUAAUGAAAGGUUUGCUGGUAAUGGUAUGGAUAUUUUUGAUUCCAUGAUUCUCGAUAGAGAGAGCAGCCACAGCAGGGGAGUCUGUUCCAAGCAGAGCUGAUAUUCGGAGCAGACGGUCAGCCGACUCUGUUCCCACCCAUGCACUUGUUCCAGGAGGUGCUGCGAGGGGCACUGCUGUCAGUUGCAAACUCUGCCCUUCAGGUGAGAUCAUGCAAUUAACCACACACUGAAGGAUGGACUCUGGUCAAAAGUGGUGCACUAUAUAGGGUGCCAUUUGGGAUGCAGACAUUCAAUUAGGUCAAGGUUGUGAUUAACUCCGCACAGAAUUCCCAGUUGUGUGUCCCAGCGAGUCUUACAUACUAAUGUGGUUUUGCUCUUGUAGGUAUUUGACACUUGUAGUUACUCUCUUGAUGCCAAGGACAGUGUGUCUACCAGCACCUCCCUCACCAGUGCUGCUCAGGAGCUAAGCCCUGACCUAAGCAUGGCCUGUACCAGUGGAACUAAUUGUAUCACAGGUAAUGCUGGACAGGAGAUUAGCUAUCUUCCCAGAUGUACCAUAGUCCAUAAUUUGAUAAAAUAUGUUGUUCAUCCCAUAACAGGGCUUACCCAGGAAAAAUGUCUAAUUCAUGGUAAACAGGAGUUGAAGCACUGAAAAAUAAAACAGGCAGAGAUAUACCUUUUCUUACGCUCAUGUUUGUAUGUUCAUUGUUCUCAGCUUUUGGGGAGAAGAACAGUGAGCCGACUGGUGUCAGCAGCUUCUCCUCCAAGCGGGAGCCUCAUUGUGUUCUAUCAGCUCCCAGGCUGGUGCUGCCCAAGCUGACCCCUCUGAUGGUCCAGGGCCAGAGGCUGAGAGGGCAGUACUACCCCCUGUCCAGGAAACAGCUGGAAUGGCAGCUCAGCCUCAAUGCUGGAGCUAAGGAGGUCCAGAGAGAGCAAGCCAGGAUCACACAGGUCAUUCCCUUUUUUUGUAAACUAUUAUUUCUUCAUAAUACAUCCAUCUGAAUGGAUCCCUGAAAAGCUCUACAACGAUGCACUCACUAUCCUUUCAUCAUGUUUGGUUUCUGAGUAAUGGAAUGUUUGUUGAUUCUCCCUUGACCCACAGGAGGCUGGGCUUGAGAUCCAGCAGCUGUGUGAGGGACACUCCUGGUUGGUUGACAUCCAUCUGUUCACCAGCCAAUGGAGUCCAGCUUCUCUGGAGACCAUGAGGGGCAUGCCUGCCUUACACUACGAGGAGCACAUUCAGAAGGUGCGCUUCUGGACUGACAGGGUGCGUUCAGUGCCCCCCUCUCUCACCACCUUCAACAAGCUGCUCAUCGUUAACUGCUCCCACAUCCAGGAGAAGAUAGGUGUGUGGCUGUGUGUGGCUGUGUGUGGGUAUGUGUGGGUGUGCUUGUGUUUUUUUGAUUGCAUGUGCUGCGUGACUUUAGGUCAACUUAGUUACUGCAUGUGUGUGAUGUGUGUGAUGUGUGUGACAGUGUAUCACUGGGGACCUUUUGUAGUCUUGUUAUCUGAUUGUGUGGCCCUGCACAUCGGCCCUGGUCAAAAGUAGUGCCCUAUAUAGAAGAAUCAUGAAUGUGUGGUUUUGUUUCCCCAUGCAGGGCCUCUGUUGAACUCCAUAGAGGAGGAUGUGUUGACUCUGUUGAUUGAGGAGCUGAAGCUGCGCUCAGAGAACUUGAUAUUAGAACUGAAGAGAGCUGUGGAAGGUCUUAGGGUGGAACCCACAGACUUCAACGACUUCACCCACUAUGCCAGCAUGGUAUUACCUACACAUGCACCUUUCUGUAGUUAUUGCUGUGUAUAGUCAUCUAAUCAUUUCCUUGAAUCAAUACUGUAUAUUUUAUCGACCCCAUUGGAUUUCUUCCCUCAGGUGAAACGCUGUGCGAAAAUGUCUGAUGACAUGCAACAACAACUGGAGUAUCUACACUCGCUCCAGGAAACCGUUCGCACCAACUACAGACAGAUGACACCAGAUGAGCUGUUAUUGGAGGAACAGGUUUUAAACACAUAGCUUUUGAUUUGUCUGAAUCAUUUCCUUGUACCUAUUUUAAGUAAUCAUAAGAAGAGCUACAGUGGCUUGCGAAAGUAUUCACCCCCUUGGCAUUUUUCUUAUUUUGUUGCCUUACAACCUUGAAUUAAAAUUGAUUUUUGGGGGGUUUGUAUCAUUUGAUUUACACAACAUGCCUACCACUUUGAAGAUACAAAAUAUUUUUUGGUGUGAAACAAACAAGAAAUAAGACAAAAAAAACAGAAAACUUGAGCGUGCAUAACUAUUCACCCCCUCAAAGUCAAUACUUUGUAGAGCCACUUUUUGCAGCAAUUUCAUCUGCAAGUCUCUUGGGGUAUGUCUCUAUAAGCUUGGCACAUCUAGCCACUGGGAUUUUUGCCCAUUCUUCGAGGCAAAACAGCUCCAGCUCCUUCAAGUUGGAUGGGUUCCGCUGGUGUACAGCAAUCUUUAAGUCAUACCACAGAUUCUCAAUUGGAUUGAGGUCUGGGCUUUGACUAGGCCAUUCCAAGACAUUUAAAUGUUUCCCCUUAAACCACUCAAGUGUUGCUUUAGCAGUAUGCUUAGGGUCAUUGUCCUGCCAGUAUGAAAAAUGUAUGCACUCACUAACUGUAAGUCGCUCUGGAUAAGAGUGUCUGCUAAAUGACUAAACAUUUUAAAAUGUAAAUGGAAGGUGAACCUCCGUCCCAAUCUCUGGAAGACUGAAACAGGUUUCCCUCAAGAAUUUCCCUGUAUUUAGCACCAUCCAUCAUUCCUUCAAUUCUGACCAGUUUCCCAGUCCCUGCCGAUGAAAAACAUCCCCACAGCAUGAUGCUGCCACCACCAUGCUUCACUGUGGGGAUGGUGUUCUCGGGGUGAUGAGAGGUGUUGGGUUUGCGCUAGACAUUUUCCUUGAUGGCCAAAAAGCUCAAUUUUAGUCUCAUCUGACCAGAGUACCUUCUUCCAUGUGUUUGGGGAGUCUCCCACAUGCCUUUUGGCGAACACCAAACGUGUUUGCUUAUUUUUGUCUUUAAGCAAUGGCUUUUUUCUGGCCACUCUUACGUAAAGCCCAGCUCUGUGGAGUGUACGGCUUAAAGUGGUCCUAUGGACAGAUACUUCAAUCUCCGCUGUGGAGCUUUGCUGCUCCUUCAGGAUUAUCUUUGGUCUCUUUGUUGCCUCUCUGAUUAAUGUCCUCCUUGCCUGGUCCAUGAGUUUUGGUGGGCAGCCCUCUCUGGGCAGGUUUGUUGUGGUGCCAUAUUCUUUCCAUUUUUAAAUAAUGGAUUUAAUGGUGCUCCGUGGGAUGUUCAAAGUUUCUGAUAUUGUUUUAUAACCCAACCCUGAUCUGUACUUCUCCACAACUUUGUCCCUGACCUGUUUGGAGAGAUCGUUGGUCUUCAUGGUUGCAAACUCUGGGGCCUUUCAGAACAGGUGUGUAUAUAUACUGAGAUCAUGUGAGAGAUCAUGUGACACUUAGAUUGCACACAGGUGGACCUUAUUUAACUAAUUAUGUGACUUAUGAAGGUAAUUGGUUGCACCAGAUCUUAUUUAGGGGCUUCAUAGCAAAGGGGGUGAAUACAUAUGCACGCACCACUUUGUUAUUUAUUUUUUUGAAUUUUUUUAAACAAGUUAUUUUUUAAAUUCACUUCACCAAUUUGGACUAUUUUGUGUAUGUCCAUUACAUGAAAGCCAUUUAAAUUACAGGUUGUAAUGCAACAAAAUAGGAAAAACGCCAAGGGGGAUGAAUACUUUUGCAAGGCACUGUACCUACAGAUAUUGUUUGUUUUUAAUUCUUUAUUCACAUACAUAUCGCAGUACAUUUCCAAAUGUUGUGUGUUUAUCCCCCCCUCCCCCCGUAUUUAGAUGCUGGACCUGUGGGACAUUUUUGUUCCUCUCCUGAAGCAGGGAGCAGAGACAGUGUGCCAGCGUCUUCCCUCUAUGGCUGACACCCUGGACAACACCUUCUCCUCCCUGGCCCACGACCUGGACGAGAUGGUGACCAAAGCCACCUCUGGACCAUAUCUGGACCCCACUCAGAAUGCUGCACAAAUGCUCAACAAGCUCAAGAUCAUGUGCAGACAGGUGAAUGCUGUCUCUGCUCACCUGACAGAGCUCAGCAGGACCAGUAAAAGUCUCAGAGGUGAGAUUAGAGAGAGACUGAGGAAGGGUGCCUGCCCUGUGGUUACAUUGCUCCUUCCUCACUCUCUUAUCUGUGUCCCCUCUGUAGGAAACCCUCUGGAUUUGACUUUUGUAACAGCAGCCAGGCAGAAGAUGGAAGCUCGCAAAGGACUGUGGGAGCUGAUGACUGUUUCCGCUGCCCAGAUCCAAGAGUGGAGGCUGCUGCUCUUCAGCAAGGUUUCUGUCUGGUUGCUCUAUUCUCUAUUCUAAUAGCCUCUCUGUUGAUUAACAACUGGAAAUUCUAAUCAAAAGGAAGAGAGACUGUAGAUUCUUCAAACAACUUUAUUAUAAGAUUUGCAAAUUUGGAGCAGUUAACAAUCCACUCAACAGUGCAGAGUUAAGGGCCCAACAAACAAGAGUUGGGUCUCAGCUUUUAUAACCUUUGUCUACGUGGCAGUUUAGCAGAUGUGUGAGAGCCUGGUGGGCACACAAACAAGUGAUAACGCCAGUUUUGUUACUAUCUAGCUGCUGCUGCUCAAGCUAGCCUCUGUUCUCUUCAUAUCUCCUUCAUAUCUCCACACGGCUGUGUGAUACGAAAAUAACAGGAUGGACUCAAAAACUGUGGUCACUCUCAGAGGCUCUUUGUCUUUGGUCGCAUGACCAAGUUACACAGAGACGAGGAAAAAUACUAGCUUCUUCUUACAUGACAGAAACAGAAGUGUGGAAAUAUACAGGUUUAAGGCUUAUACAGCGCAUGUGCAUAACCGAGUUUGUCAUUUUUCCCACCAUACAACAUAAUAAUAAUAAUAAUAAUAAUAAUAUUACGUGACAACAGGAACCUAGUAUGCUUAUUGAAUCUGAUAUGGGAAGGACUCAUAUUUUCAUCUACUGUUAAUUUGAUAUUAAUAAUAAUAAUAAUAAUAAUAAUAAUAAUAUGCCAUUUAGCAGACGCUUUUAUCCAAAGCGACUUACAGUCAUGUGUGCAUACAUUUUUACGUAUGGGUGGUCCUGGGGAUCGAACACACUACCCUGGCGUUACAAACGCCGUGCUCUACCAAUUGAGCUACAGAGGCAAGACUUGCAAGAAUUGUGAUACGUGUUUGUUUUUUCCUACUAAACUUAGCUGAAUGCACUGAGUGUAAUUCGAUCUGAAUAAGAGCGUCUGUAAAUGACAAAAAUGUAAAAAUAUAAAUGUUUGGUGUCAGUUUGUUGUGUCGAGAGCCCAGGAGAAGGUGGAUGAGUGGCUGCAGCAGGCAGUAUCCCUGGCCAGGACCAUCCCUUCCCAAGAUGCUGUGCUACAGGAGACCCUGGGGAUCCUUGAGUGUUUCAACCAGCAGCUCCCUGUGCUGGCAAAACUCAGCAGCCCCACACUCAAACACAAACACUGGAGGAACAUCUUCAAAGGUUAGACCAGUGCUUCCGUAAUAGUGUGGCGUAGUAACAAAUCCCCACCUCGGGACCCAUGCGACCUCCGCAGUUUUAAAGCUUGUACUUUGUGCAUUCUACUAUUACAACUUUCAAGAGUAAGUUGAAAGCCCGACUGAUUUCCUGAAUUUGACAGUGAGCAGUGGGUGCUAAUGAGAGAACUGGGAGGUGUCCCAAAUGGCACCCUAUUCCCAAUAUACACUGAGUGUACAAAACAUUAACAACACCUUCCUAAUAUUGAGUUGUACCUGAAUUCACCUGGUCAGUCUAUGUCUUUCCAUGACAUAGACUGACCAGGUUAAUUCAGGUGCAACUCAAUAUUAGGAAGGUGUUGUUAAUGUUUUGUGCACUCAGUGUAGCGCACUACUUUUGACCAGAGCCCUAAAAACUGGUGCCAUUUGAGACACAGCCAUGACUGGUUAAUUGAAUAGCAAUCAUCUUCCUAACUUGAUUUACAUGAGUCCAUGAUUUACAUAACACACUCCUGUCUCCUCUUCUUCUAGGUAUGGGGUUACUUUAUGCACCAGAGUGGAACCUCACUGUAGCUGACCUGAUGUCCAAGAAGCUGAGAGAGCACCAGAAUAAGAUCAGCAAGGUGAGAACAGAACAUCCCCCUUCAACACAUUAGCCCUGGUCAAAAGAAGGGCACUAAAUAGGGCAGGGUUGCCCAACCCUGUUCCUGGAGAGCUAACCUCCUGUAGGUUUUCACUCCAACCCCAGGAGUUACUAACCUGAUUCAUCUUAUCAACCUGCUAAUUAUUAGAAUCAGGUGUGCUAGAUUAGGGUUGGAGCAAAAACCUACAGGACGGUAGCUCUCCAGGAACAGGGUUGGGCAGUCCUGAUAUAGGGAAUAGGGUGCCAUUUGGAAUGCAGUCUUACUCAGGGUAACUUAACUCUCUGUGUGGGACUUUGCCAGAUUUACCAGGAGGCGAAGGCAGAGGCGGACAUGGAACAGGCCUUCAGGAAGCUUCAGAGACGAUGGGAAGCGGCACUGUUCCGACUGGCCAAGUUCAUUGUUACUGUGUGGCAGGAAGAUAAACCACAACUUGGUGCCACACGGAGAAAGAAGCCCACUAAUGGCCUGGUCUCAAACUACCAAACCCCCAAACAGCACUCCCGUGACAGUGGCACCUUCACCAUCAUUGGUGAGAUUGAACGGGGAGAAAGGAGUGUUUUCUGUGUUAAUAAUCAAAUAAUCAUCAGAAGUAACAUUACUGACACCACCUUUUUAUAUUAUAUUUUCUAAUGUAAAUCACCUUUGGUUCAGAUAUGUUUAACAUGUUGUCAUUGUUUCUGUUAAAAGUAGUAAGUAAAGUUGUAGUGAUUGAUUGAUUUCUUAGGUCUGGAGACACUCCUGGCUCAGACAGAGGACAGUGUGAUGACUCUGUCCAACAUGCUGCUCUCUCCUCACGUUGCUGAGUUCAGGCCGGAGGUGGAACACUGGGUGCAGUUGUUGCAAGAACUAGGUAAUGUAAACAUCCCAAAAUGGCACUCUAUCCCCUAUAAAGUGCAGUACUUUUGACCAGACCCCUAGUGAUCAAAAAGCUUGGGUGGAUAGAUAUUUCUUUACAUAAAUAUGACUGUUUUCAAGACCAUACUGUUUUUAACAAUGUCCUCCUAUUGUGACAUCUUUAUAGUACUUUUUUACUAACUGUGAUUUACUUCCAUAUGUUCCUCUACUUGCAAUAUGUAGAGGAACUGCUUGAUUUCUUUGAAAGGUACCAGCAGAAGUGGGUCUUCCUUAGCAAAAUGUUCUACGAGACAACUGUCAGUGUUCAGAAGGCAGAACUGGUGAGUUCAGGGUCUCUUAUGCCUCUGCCACAACUGCCACAUUUAUAGAUUGUUUUGGAGGGUGAUGCAGGAUAACUGAAUGAUAAUGUUGUCUUUUUCUUUGACCACAGUUGGACAAGUUCCGUCCUGUGGAUAAGACCUUCAAGGAGAUUAUCCAAACUACACUAAGUGACCCCCACGUGCUGAACAUAGUGCGGCUCAGGAAGACAACAGAGUUGACUUGCUGCUUCCAUGGACACUACCUCCGUGUUCUCCUUGUAGAGGGUCUGUCCACCAUGGAGGGUAUCUCCAACCAGCUGCUGUACCUCCUGGGCUCACCCCGCGGGGAGUUCCCUCGCCUCUGCUUCCUGAGCGAUGGGGAGGUGAUCAAACUCCUCUCUCUGCACCCCACGCCCUCCGCUCUGCUCCCUCUGGUGCGUAAGUGUUUCCGAGGGGUGCGCUGGCUGGAGGUGGACAGCAAAACUGACAUGCCCCCUGAUGUGACAGAUCUGAGUAGUGGCUUGGAUCUCUCUGACACCCAGAUGUGUGUACAGGGGGUGUAUGGGAGUGCCAGGGAGCAUGUGCCCUUCCUCUGCCCUCUGGAGCCCAACCUCAACCCCCUGGUGUGGCUGUGUCUCCUGGAGCUGCAGCUCCAACAGGCCAUGAUGCAGCUCAUGAAGCAGUGUGCUGUGGCACGACAACAGGUCGAGCUGUUGGAACUGGACCCGGAACGGGAGAAGAAAGUUGGGGACUCCCCGUCACCUGACCCGUUUCGCUACACCAGCCCAUCAAACUCCCUCAGAAAGGAGGAGGGUAAAGAAGCAAAAAGCGUGAACGAUUUGUCUUCUAUGUGGAGCAUACUCUCUGAGUACCCACUGCAAUGCCUACUAGUGGCUGAAGAGGCUUUAUGGUGCAGUGAAGUUCGGAGGGCUUACCAGGCCUCAGCUCCGGUCAAGUGGCCCCGCAUCAAGGCACAAAAUGCUUCCAAACUCCAGAGCUUGUGCCAAGCCAUACAAGACGGUAUCACGGGUGAUAUUGACAAAUCAAUGACCACCCAUCGCAUGGUGACAGUGCUGCAUGCUCUGGUUUUACUCACCAUGAAUCACUCUCAACAGUUAUCUAGGCUCAUGGAGGUAAAGUGUGACCUCAAGUCGUCUUUUGAGUGGCAGAGUUUGAUGAAGUACCAUCUGAUUACAGACACUCAGACUGAGUCAACAACACAAGAGGGCCACCAUGAUUUGUGCUAUGUUGAAAUCUUGGGCACCCAGCUGCCCUAUGGUUACGAAUACCUUGGCCCAGAGCACUGGAUAUUAGUGAACACACCCUCCACGGAUAGAGCAAUACUGGGGAUCCUCCUGGCUCUGACCAGCUACAGGUGUGGCUUUGUGAGCGGACCUUGCAUGUCUGGAAAGAGGAAGACUGUGGUUCAGUUAGGAAGAGCACUGGGACGUCAGGUCAUCUCCUUACAGUGUUGUGUCAAUACAAGUCCCUCUAUCGUCCAGCAGAUGCUGUUUGGGGCCCUUCAGACCGGGGCCUGGCUGGUGCUGGACUGUGUAGACCUGAUGACUCAGGGAGUGCUUUCCCAACUAGGGCAGCAUCUUUCAGACAUUCACCAAUCCCUGUCCUUCCUGCAGAGAAAUACUCAGCAGAAAGGCUUUGAGACCCACACCAAGCCUUCAUCCAGUUUCUCCUACCCAAACGGAGAUGGUACAGUUUCACCAAGAGACAGCCAUGGCAACAUUCGGAAAGAGUGCAAGAUGUCUAAUGAACUUGAGUGCCAGAUGUCUUUUUCUGGGAAAAACAUAUUUGCCAAACUGAGCUAUGGCUGUGUAAUCAUUUCAUCAAGAGGAUACACAACAGAGGUCCCAGAGAAUCUGCGAGUGGCGACCAGGCCCAUUUCGUUGGCCCACCCUGACUACAGGAUCAUCACAGAGGUCAUGCUAGUCUCCCUGGGCUUCUCAGAUGCUGUGUCUAUAAGUCGACGGCUGAUCUCCCUCUUUAGCCUAGCCAAAGACUCCCUCUGUCUCCCUGAUUCUGUCAGUGGUGAGCAGACAUCCUGGAUGGUUCUUCUCAGAAACGUCAUCGCUGCCUCUGGGACACACCUACGCAGCAACAGCCGGCUGGAUGUGCAUAUGGAGAAAGUGUUGAGGGAGGAACCUGACGCUCCAAGGCUUCCUCUGGAUGGGAUACUCAAACCACCUGAGACAGUUGGAGGAGACAAAGGUCCCCAGUCUACCCACUACAAGCGUGCCAACCAGUCUGCUGCCCUCAUGCAAGCUGUGUUGGAGGAGCAGGCUGUUGUCAACAGCGUUUUGUCAGUCCUACUAUCUGCUAUCUUUGAGCAGAAGAAAGCCUCACAGUUCCGCACCAUAUUUGAAGAGAUCUUUCCAAUGGCGCGUUCCCACCCUAUUCUCCAACAGUACAUUGAGGAGGAAGGGGAACAGAACCUCCUGAAGAGCGCAGUUACAGAGGAGCUGCAACAAAUAGGGUUCCAUGCUGAUACCAGAGUGCUGCGCAAUGCACUCACCCUCUACCAGGCUAUGAAGCUCUCCAGAGCAGUUCUUCUUGUUGGCCCUGCUGGGAGUGGAAAGACAACCUGCUACCGUGCCCUGGCCGGAGCACUGCGUAGACUGGCAGCCAGGGCAGAGAAGGCCGAGUUUGAUGAGGAUCUCACCAGUGAAGGAGAUGGCACGGAAACUGAUUACCAGUCCUCUACUUCAAACUGGAGCUCCGUUGACACCGUGGUCUUAUUCCCCAAUGCUUUGUCCCACGAGGAGCUUUUUGGGGGCUGCUAUGAACAGCAGGGGUCCUGGUGGGAUGGCGCUUUCACAAAAGUACUGAGAGACUCAGAGCGGCAUGACUUCUCAGCCACCGCCACCUCUAAAAAGAAGAAGAAGGGGGGUCAGACGAGGAAGGGGAAGUGGCUGGUGAUGGAUGGAGAGCCACUGGGGCAGCCUGGUUGGUUGGACCCCUUCAGCACCCUCUGCAAUCCUGAGGAUCCCUUCCUGUGCCUCUCCUCGGGAGAGAAGGUUCGGCCAUCCCACAAGGAGCUGAAACUAUUGGCAGAGGUCACAGACCUGGGAGAUGCAGCCCCUUCUGCAGUGACCCGCUGCAACCUGGUGUAUCUCUCUGGGAAGGACCUGUGGAAGGCUGUGUGGAAGGUCGAAAUGGAUGCUCUCUACAGAGAGCACAGUCUGGAUCAGGGGACCCUGAAGAUGUGGAACCGUUUGGCUGAGGACCUUUUCUCCAGCACACUCACUUUCAUUAGGCACAAGGCACUCACACCUGUCAUGCAGGGUGAGGGAGAUGGAUCCAGUAAAUUCAGUAAAGGCAUCACUUAUGGACUGCAAGAAGUGAAUUCAUUCAUUAGGAUUCUGCAUGCCCUUCUGGAGCAGUUUGGGAAAGGACGGGGUUUAAAAGCUACACCAAGGACGACAGACAAAAGAGGUAUUGUAAAUAGCAGCAUACUAUGUUCAUUAAUAAACUGUACAGUGCAUGUUCAUAAUAUGAGCUCUUAGUUUAGUUUUGUAACAUCUAGUUGCCUCUCUCUCCUAAUGCUGUAAGAAAUUAACCCAGUUGGAGCUCACCCGACAUGCACAGAUGCCCUGAUCCCUUCCACUCAGCAAGAGAUUCAAGCCAGGAACCUCUUUCUGGUGGCCUAUAUCUGGGGCUUUGGCGGACACCUGCAUCCCAGGUCAGACACUGUUAUUCAGUUUUAUUUUCAGUCAAGUCUUAUAAUCUCACAACUGAUAAUACAAAAUAUAAUUUCUAUAUUUCAGACACUGGCCCCAGUUUGACCUGCUAGCUCGUGAGGCGCUAUUUGAGAGCCGGUACAGAGUGGAGGUUCCCUCUGAGGGGACGGUCUUUGAACACUUUUUUAACCUGAGUGAGGGGAUGAUUGGAGACACUAGCAACCCCAUCAACUGUUCCAGGAGCAAGAGCCCACAGAUGGCCUACACAACUGUCCCCCAGGUUAGCCCCCCAAUCUUCCAACUGUCAAAAUGUGUGGUUUUACUGAUUUUACUGUAUUAUAUCCAGAAGUUGGAACCAAAAUUAUUUUCUCAUCGUUUCGUUCUGAACAGAAGCAUUUUUUCCCCCGUUACAUUCCACUUCCUUUCUGUUCCUUUUUAAACCUCUGAAAUAUAUAUUUUUUUACAUUUAGUUCGACAUUAAAUUACUUCACCAAUCACUUUGGAUAGAGCAGCUUGCUAUGGAGCGGGCAAAAGCUAUAGCUGUUAACAUGCAUUCAACAGACAAAUAUAGGGCGCGAGAUGCGACUGAAAUUUUGCGGGUGAGGAGAGAGCGAGGGAGGAUGGAGGAGGAGGCUUGCUUUGAAGCGCUGGGCAUCUUGUUGUUAUGACAUGCAUUAUCUGAAUUAGGCCCACAGAAUUAUGCUUAUGGAGGACCGGCUUUCUAUGAAGGAACUUUUAAUGUUUUUGAACUUCAGAGAGUUGGUUUAGCGUUGGACCAAAAACUAGCUAGCUAGCUAACAAGCUUGUGUGAGCAGAGCAGCACCAGAAUUAAAAUAAAAUAAAAUGUAAAAUAGUUUUCGGUUCUGUUCCCUGAACCGGUUCCAACCCCUGAUUGUAUUUAUAUCACACUGUCUAUUUUGAAAUACAUCAAUGCUGUCCUUUGUUACUUUUUUUUUUUUUUUUUUUUAGGUAUUCUUUCUUAAAACUGCAUUGUUGGUUAAGGGCUUGUAAGUAAGCAUUUCACCUGUUGUAUUUGGCGCAUGUGACAAAUAAAAUGUUAUUUGAUUUGAUUUGAUUUAUUCACACAGUAUGAGAAAUAUGCCUACCUGCUGGACCUGAUGUUGGAGGCCCACCAGCCAGCGAUGCUGGUGGGAGAGGCAGGCUCAGGGAAGACCAUGCUGUGUCAUUCUCUGUUAAGUCAGGACAGGCCACACAUCCGCCUGCCUGCCAGCCCACGCCUGAGAUCCACUGACCUGCGCAACGUGCUGGAGAGCAUGGGCUGCCAGAAGACCCGGCUAGGAACAAUGGGUACUAUGCUCAAACAGCCUGGACUGCUCCUGUUUGUGGAUGACCUCCAUGAAGCUCCCUGUGGUGAGUUAGUAGGAACCCUGCGUUUGUGAAUUAGUAUUUGUUAAAUUUUAAAUUUUUUAUAAUGAAUCUAAUUUAAAGAUAAAUCUAGUGUGCAUCGCAAAUGGCACCAUAUUCCCUAUAUAGUGCGCUACUUUUGCUACUUUUCAACCGGUGCCCAUAAUUUCUAAUGAUUUUUGAAGAUUCAUUUUUGUGAAUAUUUUUCAUUAUGAAUGUAAUUCAAAGAUAAAGCUAAUGAUAACCCAAACUCUGCUCGUCUCUUUACUGUAGAUGCUUUUGGAAAGACGUCCAUGGCUCUGGAGACACUGCGGCAGUGUAUUUCUCGGGGCGGCGUUCUAACUUCAGAUGGUUAUCAUUUCAAGCUGUUUAGUUCCGGAGCUAUCAGCUACUUGGGUACCUGCCGCACAUCAGGAGUGGGCAACCAAUCAGAUUGCAAUCAGAUCUCCUCCCGCCUCUCACGUCACUUCUCCAUCUUGGUGCUGCCUAGUUUGUCUGUAGAUGUUUUAUUCUCCAUCCACUCUCCACGGCUACAGAACUGGCUCAAAGAGUUCCCAUGUAUGCCCAGGUACACGGAUAUGGCACGAUGUAUCAUCACUGCAACCUUAGACCUGUAUUAUGCCGUGUGUGAGGAGUUCCAACCCAACGUCCACAGGCCACACUUCCUCUUCUCCAUGCAUGACCUGCAGAAGGUGUUUCAGGGAAUAUGCUUAUGGGCACCGCGUAACUAUAACAGACAACCACUCCAGAAGAAGGUUAGCCUCAGGGUUGUUCACUCUUCCUCUGCCCUUCCUAGCUUUGCGCCAGCCACACUGGGCCCUGCAGCCAACAUGCUCAACAUAGCUCGUCUUUGGAUGCACGAGUGUCUGCGCACAUUCGGUGACCGGCUGUGCUCAGAGGACGAGGGCCAAGCUCUGGUAUCACUGAUGGCCAAGGUGUCAGAGAGACACUACAGCAGCAGGAUGAGAGUUAAACCCCAGACUGCCAGAGCAGAGGACACCCCAGGUGCUGCAUCAACUAGGCCUAGCACAUAUACACCCCCUCCUACACCAACAGACUACCAGAAGUCAAGCCAUCAGCGACCAUCCACUCCAAAGCAGCCUGCCAAGUCCCCUUUGCCCAUGAAGGCCGAAACAAUCACAGAACAGGAGGAGCAAGCAGAGUUUUCUGACAGGGUGAGCAGCUCAGACUCCAGCUCAUGGGGCAGUAGUGAGGAUGAUUUAUUUGGUGAGAUCUACCCCAAGAAACAAGAAAAUGUCAAGAAAAAGCAUGUGAAGAAACCCCUCAAGGAAGAUAUGUCUUUCUUUCAACUGACACAGCUCACAUCAAGCUCACAUCAAGCCCUGAACCCCUCUCCUCCAAAAGGACCUAAACCAGUCAAUCAGUCAGACUGGAAGAGGAGCCAUAAACUGUGUGAACAGACCCCACAGACUGAGCCUAGCCCAGCCAGGUCCCUUGUGCCUUUACAACUGCUGCAGGACAUGGAGACUGCUAUUCAACAUGUGGUCUUUAGUGUAGAGCUAUUGGAGCCACUCCCCUCCAUGUCUCAGCAGCACAAUUUCAAACGCAACUCUGCCUACCUGGAAAGAGACCUGGGGUUACUAGUUCAGCAGCUGGCUUUCACAGUCAAAAGCAAAGAGGAGGAGGAAGAAGAGGAGUUUGAUGAUAACUACAGUAGCACCUCUUGUUACACUGUGCACAGGCAGAGGGUAUGUCAGCUGGUGCACGUUCUCAGGGCUCUGCUCAUACCUGGCGGGCAUGGGGCUCUGUUUGGGGCCGUGAGAGGCACAGGCCGAAAGACCACAGUGCGUUUAGCUGCCUAUCUCACUGGCUAUCAGCUGAUGGAGGUGCAUCCUGGGAAUGAGAGUCAGUUGCGCGAGAUGUUGCGGGAGGCAGGUGGCCAGGCAGGCGUGCACGGUGGCAAUGUGGUGAUACUUGUCCACGAGGAGACCAGUCAGGCCGCCAGAGAUGAACUGUUAGUGGUGAUGGCUGACGGGACCUUCCCAGGGCUCUACUCUGACGAGGAGCUGAAGAAUCUGGUGCUGAGAAUCAACGCUGUCGUCAAGAACUCACGCAAUCGCCUACGAGAUGACCAGGCCCUUGAGAAGUAAGAAAAUAGGUGUUUCUACAAAUUACUUACUAUACACUAACUGUAAAUCACUCUGGAUAAGAGCGUUUGCUAAUUGAUUAAAAUGUAGGGAUGUAAGGAUUCACCGAUACGCAUCGCUCCCCGGUUCAAAUAUUUAAGAUGCGAGUGCAUCGGUCUCCGGGAGCACAAACCAAUCCAAAGGAAGCAUGCGUCGGUAAGAAAAACUGAUUCAAACGUUACGAAUCGCAGGUUCACUAAUGUUUUUGUACUCCGAUUAUUUUUUUCUGCCUUAUUCCGAAAAUACCUCUGAUCUGUUGUGACUGAAUUGAUGUGUCCUCUCCUUCAGCCUAACACACUUUUAUGCAUGAAACUGCGUAUGACAGGGAUCAUCAACUAGAUUCAGCCCCGGGCUGAUUUUUUGUUGAGGGGAUGGUCAGGGGGCCGGAACAUAAUUACAAAUAAUUUGUAGACUGCAAAUUGAGCACAAGAAGCCCAAACAGAUAUAAUAUUUGACUAAAACAUAAUAAUUUCAAACUUUGCUUACAUUUGUACACAAUCACAUACACUGAGUAUAUCAAACAUUAAGAACAUCGGCUCUUUCCAUGAAGCCAGAUUAAAGGUAUGAUCCCUUAUUGAUGUCACUUGUUAAAUCCACUUCAAUCAGUGUAGAUGAAGGGGAGGAGACAGGUUAAAGAAUGAUUUUUAAGCCUUGAGAAAAUGGAGACAUGGAUUGUGAUUGUGUGCCAUUCAGAGGGUGAAUGGGCAAGACAAAAGAUUUGAGUGCCUUUGAACGGGGUAUGGUAGUAGGUGCCAGGAGCACCGGUUUGUGUCAAGAACUGCAACGCUGCUGGGUUUUUCAUGCUCAACAGUUUCCCGUAUGUAUCAAGAAUGGUCCACCACCCAAAGGACAUCCAGCCAACUGGAGUCAACAUGGGCCAGCAUCCCUGUGGAACGAUUUCAACACCUUGUAGAGUCCAUGCCCAACGAAUUGCAACUCAGUAUUAGGAAAGUGUUCCUAAUGUUUUGUACACUCAGAGUAUAUCUCUGUAUUAUGCUUGGGAAUACUUUGUAACAGAUUUCCAAAAUGAAAGUCACAUGGAGCUGAUUUGCUGGUGUUUUUACAGUCUUUUAUGUCGAACAAUAAUGUUGGGGGGCAAAUAAAAUCGAAUUCAGCCUGCGGGCCUCCAGUUGGGGAACCCUGGCGUAUGACAUUGAUCGACUGUACAAGUCAGAUAACUGCUGUGCGCACAGUGCGGGAAACGCUGAUGUUUGUAAAAUGGCUUUGCAAUAUUAAAUCAUAGGCUUUAUUAAUUAAUUAAGGGGCAAUCAAUGUAAUUUGCUGGGUCAUUGUUACCAAAUGUGUAGGCUACCGGAGUGAACACAACUCACAUUUUGCUGAUUGCACAUAACUGCUGAUUGGGGCUUUUCGCUUGCCAGGUUCACUAUACAAAAUAUUUCUGCUUUAAACAGUCAUUUUUACAUGAACAUGGUAAAGGUGUAAUUUUAUAACAAGGACAGUAGUAAUUUUUGCAAGCGGCACUGGCCGAAACGGGAGAAGAGAGCAGCUCUCCUCUGUAAAGUUCCAAACGGUCAAAACCAUGAGCUUUUGAGACGGGGGUGAAAUCCAAAGCUGUGUUAUAUUAAUUGGCUAUGUAUGUCAUAGUUAAUUCCUAAAGAUAAAUAUUGACAUAUUACUAGCUCAAAACAUUUUAAUCUGCUAUAUGACAAGUGGGUGACGAGGAUUUCAGAUAAAAAGUGGGGGGACAAGAACAUAAAUUGCCCCCCCCUAAUCUGAUAGUGGUACAUGCUCAGUCUGCCCUAUGGCUCAGCUCACACGCUACAUCACUACAUCAUACGCACGCACACACACACACACACACACACACACACACACACACUAACCUUGUGGGGACACAAUUGAUUCCUAGUUUCCCUAACCCCUAUUUUCCCUAACCCCUUAACCCUAACCCUAACUCCUAACCCUAAACCUUUAACCCUAAUUCUAAGCUUAACAUUAAUUCUAACCCUAAACUCCCUAGAAAUAGCCUUUUUCCUUGUGGGGAAAAUGGUUGUUUGUUUACUAUUCUUGUAGAGACUUCUGGUCCCCACAAGUAUAGUUAAACAUGCGCACACACACACACACACACACACACAGGGCCCUUUAGCUCAGAGAAGUCAGUUCAGACAGAUCCAGCUCAGCUCCCGAGCUCCAUCAGUAUAAAAUAUUAAUUUAGAAUGGAAAAUGAAUGUUCAUGCAACAAUUGUUAGUAUAUUGAAUCAUAUCAAAUAAAAUAACAUUUUAUUUGCCACAUGCGCCGAACAGGUGUAGACCUUACAGUGAAAUGCUUACUUACAAACCCUUAACCAACAAUGCAGUUUUAAGAAAAAUAAGUGUUAAGUAAAAAAUAGAUAAGUAAAAAAUUAAAAUAAUUAAAGAGCAACAGUAAAAUAAAAUAACAGUAGGGAGGCUAUAUACAGGGGGUACCGGUACAGAGUCAAUGUGCGGGGGCACAGUUUAGUCGAGGUAAUUGAGGUAAUAUGUACAUGUGGGUAGAGUUAAAGUGACUAUGCAUAAAUAAUAAACAGAGUAGUAGCAGCGUAAAAGAGGGUGAGGUGGGGUGGACAAUGCAAAUAGUACGGGUAGCCAUGAUUAGCUGUUCAGGAGUGUUAUGGCUUGGGGGUAGAAGCUGUUAAGAAGCCUUUUGGACCUAGACUUGGCGAUCUGGUACCGCUUGCCGUGCGGUAGCAGAGAGAACAGUCUAUGACUAGGGUGGCACCGUCUGGUUUAAAGGUCCUGGAUGGCAGGAAGCUUGGCCCCAGUGAUGUACUGGGCCGUACGCACUACCCUCUGUAGUGCCUUGCGGUCGGAGGCCGAGCAGUUGCCAUACCAUGCAGUGAUGCAACCAGUCAGGAUGCUCUCGAUGGUGCAGCUGUAUAACUUUUUGAGGAUCUGAGGACCCAUGCCAAAUCGUUUCAGUCUCCUGAGGGGGAAUAGGCUUUGUCGUGCCCUCUUCACGACUGUCUUGGUGUGUUUGGACCAUGAUAGUUUGUUGGUGAUGUGGACACCAAGGAACUUGAAGCUCUCAACCUGUUCCACUACAGCCCCGUCGAUGAGAAUGGGGGCAUGCUCAGUCCUCUUUUUUUCCCCUGUAGUCCACAAUCAUCUCCUUUGUCUUGAUCACGUUGAGGGAGAGGUUGUUGUCCUGGCACAACACGGCCAGGUCUCUGACCUCCUCCCUAUAGGCUGUCUCAUCGUUGUCGGUGAUCAGGCCUACCACUAUUGUGUCGUCGGCAAACUUAAUGAUGGUGUUGGAGUCGUGCCUGGCCAUGCAGUCUAGGGUGAACAGGGAGUACAGGAGGGGACUGAGCACGCACCCCUGAGGGGGCCCCGUGUUGAGGAUCAGCGUGGCAGAUGUGUUGUUACCUACCCUUACCACCUGGGGGCGGCCCGUCAGGAAGUCCAGGGUCCAGUUGCAGAGGGAGGUGUUUAGUCCCAGGCUCCUUAGUCCCAUCAUAUCGAAUCGAACAGAAUCGCACCGAUUUGUACCACUAAUCAAAUCGAAUCGCUAAUAGUUUCAAACUAAAAGUAUCGUUCCUGUAUCGUAUCGGAGCCCAUGUAUCUAGAUGCGUAUCGAAUCGUGCUUGUAAGGAAAGAUGCACAUAUCUACUAAAAUUUGAAAUGUAAAUGUGUGUAAUAUGAGAUUCCCUUUCUUAAAUGCCAUUAUUUGAAAUACCAUUCUGUGCCUUUUGAUGCAGGUAUUUCAGACAGACCCAGAGGAAUGUGCAUGUGUUCCUGCUGCUGCCCUUCUCCCCAGACACAAGUGAGAUGCAUCCUGAGAACGCCUCAGUAACCCUGGCAGUGGCACACAUGACCAAGGCUCUCAGCCUCUGCUGCUGUGUGGAGGUAUACCAGCCUUGGUCCACCCAGUCCCUUGUUGAGGCAGCCUCUCGUCGCCUCAGAGAGAACCUGCAGAUACCCGACACAGAAAGCAAAGGUUGGUUCAUCAUGAGUUUGUCCCAAAUGUCAUCCUAUUCCCUAUAUAGUGCAUUACUUUUGACCAGGGCUCAUAGGGCUCUGGUCAAAAAUAGUGCACUAUGUAGGGAAUAGGAUGCCAUUUGAGACUGAACCAUGAUGUCUUUCCAAGUACAUAACAUUUACAUAAUGUCUCUGUUAAUUGUAUACAUUUCUUAUUAAUUUGUAUUAUCUAAUGUUGCUAUUAUGUAUCUUCUGUAGUGGACAGAGAUGGCUUAGUGGCCAGUAUUUCUGAGGCCAUGGCAGGGAUCCACCAGUCUGCCUGUAAAUACGCCUCCAUCCUCCACCCGGACCUCCAGCCUUUCAGCCCCCAGACCUUUUUGGAGCUGAUCGCUCACUUCUUCCACCUCUGCAGCCACCUGUGUGAACAGGGCCGGGGCCAGGCUAACAGGUGAGGAGGACUUAUGGCUUGUGUCCCAAAUGGCACCCUAUUCCCUACAUACUGCACAACUUUUGACCAGAGCCCAUAGGGCGCUGGACAUAUUAGUGCACUAUAUAUGGAACAGGGUGCAAUUCAGUACACAACCAGGGACUUCCUUUGUAUCUGUUAAGCAUCAGACACAAGUUCCUGGAAAAUUGGUUUGUCUAAGAAUGUAAAGCCAGUAACAGUAAUGUUUAGUACUAUUUUGUGUUGUAGAAAACUAACUGUCAAAAUGUGUCAAACUUACAUGUAUCCAUCUUGCUACCUCAGAGUGUCAACAAUCUUGGCCCGUGUGAAAGACAUGACAGACACAGCUGAGCAGCACAGCCAGGAAGUUGUCAGAUUGAAGAGGAAGAUUGCAGAAACACAACAGGUAACCAACUGGAAUAACCAACUUAACAUGUCUGGCUCUAAGGAGAGCACUGAGUUAUGCAUUGCUUAUCUUCAGUGUUCAACAUGAUCUGUGCUGUAACUUUGGAAAUCACCAUGUCUGCGUCCCAAAUGGCAUCCUUAUACCUAUAUAGUGCACUACUUUUGACCAGAGCCCUAUGGACCGGGUCAAAAGUAGUGCACUACAUAGGGAAUAGGGUGCCAUUUGGGAGAUAUCCCAUAUUAAUGAGUUUGCCUGUCUGUGUGUGUUCCAGUGCCUGUACCCGCUGCAGCGUGUGACAGACACAGAGCGAACACUGUGUGAGCAAGCCCGGCAGCACUGUCUACUGGAGGAGAACAGACUAUCUCACCUGGAGGAACAGACUCAUCAGGCCCAACAGCAGGCAGAGCACGCCUUCAAGGAGGUCCCACUCAUAGAUAAUAACAUCAGCAUCUCUAUCUCUAUGGUCCCAGUCACACUCACCUCUCUGCAAUCAUCACACUUAUCACAUUAGCACACUACGCCUGCCUAUUCCCUGUAUAGUGCAUUACUUUUGACCAGGGCCCACAGGGCUCUGGUCAAAAGUAGUGGACUAUGUAGGGAAAAGCGGGACAUUUUGAUGUUUGUCUUAUUAUGUUCCUAAUGCUGUAUGUUAUGUUUCCUUGGACUUACCUAGGUGAGUCCUCUGUACCAGACUGCACUCGAUGCUCUUCAGUCUCUGAGCACAUCUGGCCUGGUUGAAGUGCGACGCUACAGAUUCCCCCCAGACGGAGUGAUCAUCGUUAUGGACGCCAUAUGCCUGUUAUUCAACCGCCCACGCAACUGGGAGAGCAGCAAACAGCUGCUGGGACAGUCCAACUUCUUCCAGGUCAGGGGUCAAACUGGAUGUGGCAUAAUUUUCUAUUGGUAGAAUAUAUGAGAAGAAUUAAGAAAGUUACGACCUUACCUAUCCUUUUUUUUUAAGGGAUACUCUUUGUAAUAUGCACAGCGAGUUUGCAGUGACAUACAUCAAAGUUCAAGGAUUAUCUCCUAUCAUGAGGUAAUCCGUCUUGUCUGUUUUUUCUUAGGAGUUGGAGUUCUUUGACUGCUCCAUGUUGAGCGACGACCUGUUCCGUCAGUUGGGCCAGAUAGUGCAGCAGCGAGCAUUCCUGCCGGAGUCUGUGCGAGGCGUGAGCCGGGCGUGUGAGUCCCUGUGCCGCUGGGUGAGGGCAGUGUACCAGUACGCCUGUGUCCAGCGCCACAUGGCCCCCCAGGAGGCCCGGAAGAAACAGCUGGAAGUGCGCAUGGCGGAGAGCCGUGCCCGGCUGCGUGUGGCCAGGUGUGAUGUCCUGUUGUAAUGUGGUUGAAGGACAGUAGGGGGAGUGUGUGUGUGUGUGUGUGUGUGUGAUAUACAGUGCCUUCAGAAAUUAUUCAGACCCCUUGACUUUUUCCACAUUUUGUUACGUUACUGCCUUAUUCUAAAAUGAAUUUUUUUUUAAAAAGAAGAGCCUUGGUCAGGGAGGUGACCAAGAACCCGAUGGUCAGUCUCACAGAGCUUUAGACUUCCUCUGUGGAGAUGGGAGAACCUUCCAGAAGGACAACCAUCUCUGCAGCCCUCCACCAAUCAGGCCUUUAUGGUAGAGUGGCCAGACGUAAGCCACUCCUCAGUAAAAGGCACAUGACAGCCUGCUUGGAGCUUGCCAAAGGGCACCUAAAGACUCUCAGACCAUGAGAAACAAGAUGAUCUGGUCUGAUGAAACAAAGAUUGAACCCUUUGGCCUGAAUGCCAAGCUUCACGUCUGGAGGAAACCUGGCACCAUCCCUACGGUGAAGCAUGGUGGUGGUGGCAGCAUCAUGCUGUGGUGGCAGCAUCAUGUUGUGGGGAUGUUUUUCAGCGGCAGGGACUGAGAGACUAGUCAGGAUCGAGGCAAAGAUGAACAGAGCAAAGUACAGAGAGAUCCUUGAUGAAAACCUGCCCCAGAGUGCUCAAGACCUCAGACUGGGGUGACCGUUCACCUUCCAACAGGACAACGACCCUAAGUACACAGCCAAGACAACGCAGGAGUGGCUUCGGGACAAGGCUCUGAGUGUCCUUGAGUGGCCCUGCCAGAGCCCGGACUUGAACCCGAUCAAACAUCUCUGGAGAGACCUGAAAAUAGCUGUGCAGCAAUGCUCCCCAUCCAACCUGACAGGGCUUGAGAGGAUCUGCAGAGAAGAAUGGGAGAACCUCCCCAAAUACAGGUGUGCCAAGCUUGUAGCGUCAUACCCAAGAAGACACAAGGCUGUAAUUGCUGCCAAAGGUACUUCGACAAAGAAUUGAGUAAAGGGGCUGAAUGACAUUUCAUGUAUUUAUUUUUUAUACAUUUGCAAAAAAAAUUGAAAACCUGUUUUUGCUUUGUCAUUAUUGGGUAUUGUGUGUAGAUUGGUGAGGAAAAAAACUAUUUAAUCAAUUUUAGAUGCCGGUUAAGACAAGAGGAUUCAAAUAUACCAUAACUCUUUGUGCAUUCGGAAUGACUGAGUGAGUGGUAGCAGCACAGAACGUUCGCCAUCAAAGUGAAAAAUAAGCACAAUCGUAGUGAAUUUCAGCUAAGUACUCAGCAAACACGUCAUAACUGUUUUACUGUCACUCUAUUCAUUUAGACGUUUUUAAAAUGAUCUACAGCCACUUUAUUACUGGAUUUCCCAUUCACUGGUCAUGUUUUCAAUGCUAAUCCUGUAGAAUCCAGAAAUGGCGCUGGUCCCAUGAAUUUGUUUAUUUUCUAACACUUCCGUAUGGAAUUAUUACGUUGUCUUAACCUUCCCAUCUUCAACCAAGAUAUAGGACCAGAAGUAAGUCGGAAAGGUUGAAGAUUGUAAGCAUUUGAGCAGGUGGCCCUGAAUAAAUGCUCUUGUGAAUAAAUAACUAACGUGUAUUGCGAUACUACACCAGGCUGCAGGAGGAGGAGGCCCGGGAGCAGCUGGAGGACAUGGAGAGACAGCAGCAGUUCCUCAGAAUGGACCUGGAGGAGCUGACCGCCCAGCUGCGUAAGGCUGAGACCCUGGAGAGAGAGGCUGCUGCUGCAGUACAGCAGGUCCAGUGUCACAUCACUGACUGGACUGCUGCAGCAAAGGUAAGUAACACUUGUACUAAAAACACACCGUAACACUCAUACUAAUAUACCAAUGGUUAUGUCCCAAAUGGAACCCUAUUCCCUAUAUAGUGCACUACUUGCACUUGGACUAUGGGUCCUGGUCAAAAGUAGUGCACUAUAUUGGGAAUAGAGUUCCAUUUCUAAACACUUACUGCUAUAUUUACCUACAGUAAAUAAUUUACAUUUUAAUCAAUCAUCAAUGAAUUGAUGUUUUAACAAUAAUGCUAUUUUUUAUUUAUUCUAGAGAGUAAAGAACCAUAACAUGCUCCACUUCUCCUCUCUUCUGUAGGAGACAGAGAUGAAUAACCAGACCAUAUCAGGGGACGCUCUGCUCCUGGCUGCCACCAUCACCUACCUGGGUCCAUUUGUGCCAGACGUACGGAUGGUGCUAUUGGGGAAGUGGAGGGAGCUGUGUCUGUCUGGACACAUUAACAUCAACCCUGAGGACCCUAGGACCUCUCUACUCCCUAACUCUGCCUCCGUGGCCCCUGGGCCACCUGGAGCCCCGCUCCAUGUCCCCAUCCCUAUGGGAGCAGAGCUGCAGAUGGCCCUGGCUAGGGCUGUAGGGGUGGACCAACGCCUGGUGCUCGGGGUGCCUCCCAGGCUGGUGCUCAAGCUGCUGCUGUGGGGAUACAGAGGCCCCUGGGCUCAACACUGGCCCCUGCUGGCAGACGCUCAGCAACAUGAGGAGAUGAGUGCCCAGGCCAUGCUGCUGACAGGUGAGCAACUAGGAGUAGGGUGAAGUUGCCCCUAGUGGCUGAUCAUGAGUAAGUUUUGUGUUUUCCCUACUAAUGGUUAACGUUAGGAUUGAGGGAGAGGAAGCUGAUCCUAGAUCUUUACCUAUGGGAAACUUCACAGUUAAAGUCAAACAAAAACUGAUUUGUAUAUUGUGUUUGAGAAACGUUGAUUGUGUAUGUUGCUUCCCCAUCAGGCCAGCUUCCAGGGGACGACACCACAGCUCAGAGGGAGGGAGAGUAUGAGCUUGUGGUCAGUGCUGAUGACCCAGACCUGCUGGACAAAGUCAGGCAGGGUGCAGAGAAAGGUGAUCUAAUGGAGUUAGUACAUAUUGUGCUGGAGGUACAUUUUGAUGUCUGAGACUGAUACGGGUUUCUUUCCUUGAGGGGCUUUACUCUUUGUCCCUCACUCACAUCAUAUUGUGAGCCUGGUGGUCCCAGAUGUGGUCCAGUAUGGCUCAGUUGGUAGAGCAUGGUGCUUGCACCGCCAAGGUUGUGGGUUCAAUUCCUGUGGCCAACCAUAUGUAAAAUAUAUGCAAGCAUGACUCAUUUGCUUUGGAUAAAAUGGCAUAUAUUAGCUGUUUGUGCUCUUGCAAACUACAUUGCUGUCAUUGUCAACCCAAACAUGACAUGAGUGAAGUUUUGGCAUUAUGGCACAAACAGACUAAGGCUAUCAUAUUGUUUCCGUGCAGGAUUGAGGGUGUUGGUGACCCACGUGGAGCGAGCAGUCCCCAGCCCAGAGUUCCUGGAGGUGUUGGUGCGGCCGGCAGGGAGCCGUUCUCCUGGUCUGAGACGACCUGUUCAGACGGCCCAUCCAGAGUUUUGCCUGUUCCUCAGCACCCCACUACCAGUCAGACUCAUACUCAAUGGUAGGAAAUAUAUAUAAUACCAGGACAUACUUAAUUUAUUUCUGCUCAUGAAAGUAGUAGUAGUCUGAGCCAGAACGGCCUAUAGGGCAGGAGCCUAUCUCCUGUUUCUAUAGCGUGAGGCAGCUUGAUGUACAAGUACACCCCCUGGACAGGACCCAAUGAAAGUACUAGGUUACUACAUUAAUUCUCCAUUGUGUCCCCACAGAGAUUCACCCGUCUAUCCUGUCUGAGGUGCGUGUCAUUGACCUCUCUCUGAGCUCCACUGAGGUGCAGGAGCUCAUGUUGACAGAGUUGGUGCAGUCCGAGUGUCUGGAGCUGUGGGUUCAGCAGUGUCUCGUCAACACCGACAAGAAGGCACUGCAGGACAAACUGUGCCAGGAAGAGGUGACCCAAUAAGAAUGCCACCUCUAUUUCUCUGGCUUUAAAAUAUUGUAUAUUACUCUGUGUUAUACUGUAUGUUUGCAUCCCAAAUGGCACCCUAUUCACUAGAUAGUGCACUACUUUUAACUAGAGCCCUGUGCACUACAUAAGGAAUAGGGUGCAAUUUUGGAUUCACAAUAUGGGUUUAUAGCGAAGGAUUUAUUCCAUCUCCCCAGGUCUCUCUAAUGGAGUACAUCCUCCAGUCCUUCACCCCUCUGCUGCAGGACCCCGAGUUCCUCCCCCGGGUGUCGGCCUGUCAGACAGCCUGCCAGAAGCUGCAGGCUGAGAUUAUGGAGCUGAGUAUGGAGCUGGAGCGCCACAAGCCCCUCCUGGCUGACUUCCACAGAGUGGCAGGGCUGGCCACAGCCCUCUACCAGGCCUUGCAGGAGGUGGCACGCCUCUCCCCCUUCUACUUGUUCCCCCUGAGGAACUUCCUGUUCGCUGUGAGGGGGACGUUAGUCCUGAAGGGCCGGCCAGAUGUUACCUUUAGUGGAGAGGUAGUGACAGCGGCGGUCAUGGCAGAGAUCACACAUAGGAUGGUAUCUCACCUGUUAGCCCAGUACCGGCCCUGCCUGUUCCAGAGCCAUGCGACCCUGCUGAGGCUCCUGGUGUCUGUGGCUCUGUUCCUGCACAACGAGGGCUGCUCAGAGGUGGAGCGGUUGGCUUUCCUCAGGGGCCUAGGAGAGAUGGACCUCCCAGUAGAUGCUUCCACACCAGCCUCACCUCCACCAUCUACCUCUCCAUCUCAGCAUCAUGUGCUCCUCGGCUGGAUGCCUCCUCACACCCACACAGAGGUCCUCCGGCUGCAAAACAUCCCAGCCUUCAAAGGGCUGCUCUCAUCCCUGGCCACCUCUCCCAGCCAGUGGCAGGAGUACCUGCGCUUCCCCUCUUCCACAGUGGUGGGGCCUGUCCCCUGUCACUCUCACUCCCACCUGUCCAUGCUGCAGAGGGCUCUCCUCUGGAAGACCAUGCUGCCCCACUCGCUGGCUGCUGUGGCUGAGGACCUGGCUGCCUGUCACCUGGGCCAGCCCGUGCAGUCAGCGGUGACUGGGGCCCCUCACACCGGCUCCCCAGAGGCCCUCUCCCGGUUCCUGAACAAACACGAUGGGCCAGUCAUAGUCACACUCCCAGGCCCAAGCAGAGAUGGAUGGGCUAGCAUCCAACCACUUCACUGGCUAAAACAAGUGUCCCAGUACCAAGCAGACAAAAGAGAGGUAAUGCUUAUGUCUUACAUACACACAAACAUACCUUCCCACUGGGCACACACUGGUUGAAUCAACGUUGUUUCCAUGUAAUUUCAAUGGAAUUACGUUGAAUCAACGUGGAAUAGACAUUGAAUUGAGGUCUGUGCCCAGUGUGUUUUGUGUUCAAUUUAAAUCAUAUUGCCAUUAUAUCCAACAUUCCAGUUUUGUGUAAUAAUCUUCUAAAUGACUGUUGAUUUCAGGUGAAAGUCAUAUCAUUUGGAGCUAAAUGCCAGAAGGAGGCCAUCCUCUCAGCACUGAAGAUAGCUGUCCACGAUGGCCAUUGGCUGGUCUUUAACAACUGUCAUCUGUUGGAGCAAUGGGAUGAGGAAGUGAUGUGUCAACUCAAUCAGUUGAUAUCCUGUGCAGCCAAAGGUGAGAAUCACAAUAAUAACCAAUCUCAUCCACCCUGUGUAAUCUCAAAAUAUGUAAACUCAUAUCUAAUCCUAUUAAAAUUCUCAGGGCACCAAACAGAUGUGGAGACCGAGGGCCUCAUUCCAGUUGGGCUGUGUGCAGGUAGUCGGGUCCACUCACGCUUCAGACUGUGGUUUAUCACACGAGGAUACACCCCACUCUCCAUCCCAGGUACUCAUAUUUCCACCACUCAAUAUAACAUACUAUCACAGACACCCUCUUUUUCUAUGACUGUUAAGUGUUAGGAUGCAUCCCAAAUGGCACCCUAUUCAAAAUAUAUUGUGAACUACCUUUGACCAGAGCUCUAUGGGCGCCUGGUCAAAGAUGAAUGACUCUAUUCAAUCGGUAUCACAGAAGUUCUGUGCAAAAGCCUAAUUGAAAUUUAAAGGCAAUGUUCCCGCUUUGGCGGAGAUUGCAUUCACGGUAAACGCUGCAUAUGGCGGGUCAAUCGGAAAUUAACCUUACAUUUCUAUCACACUGGGCGCCUGUGGGGCAAUUGUUGUGGGGGUUAAGUGCCUUGCUCAAGGUCACAACGGCAGGCAAUGGCAUCUAGGAUUUCAUACCAGCAACCCUCCGGAUGCCAGCUCACUUCCCGCCAGAUUUUACCAUCAGACCCGGAAUUCAAACUGCCAACUCUCCGGUUGCUGGCUCCCCUCUCUAACCAUUACUUGGGGGGGGGGGCUAUUUGGGAUGCAUGCCCAAGACAUAAAUACUAUAUGGACUCUAUAUGGUGCCAUUUGGAACUAAUUCUCCUCUCCCCUCUGGCAGCGUCGAUGAGAGUGUGUGCUCUACGUCUGGUCUGUGACUCUCCCUGGGAUGUGAAGGAGGAGCUGUGCUCUUCUCUGCGUCAGGUUGUGUCUGUCACCCUGUCUGCCCCAUCCUCUGGUGUCACAGCCUGCACCAUGGAACCAAUGCUACGCGCUGCCAUCCUGCACUCUGUCCUGCUGCAACGACAGGCAUACAAAUACCUAGGCCAGGGAAACAUCUAUCACUGGUGAGAAAGCUAUAUAUUGGCUAUCAUGAUGACAGAUGAUACAAGGCCCUGCGACAGGCUAGUGUCCUGUCCAGGGGGUGUACCUGUACAUCACAGGAGGCUGGUGAGGCUCAUAAAUGGCCCGGAACAGAACUAUUGGAAUGUCAUCAAACACCUGGAAACCAUGUAUUUGAUACCAUUCCACUGAUUCCUCUCCAGUCAUUACCAAGAGCCGGUUCUCCCCAAUUAAGGUCCCACCAACCUCCUGUGCUGUACAUCAAGCUGCCUCAUGCUACAGAAACAGCUCCUGCCCAAUGGGCCAUUCUGGCUCUGACAAGGCUUACUUACUAUCAUAAUAGAUUAUGAUGAAUAGUACAUAUUAUUAUUACCAUUAUACAACAUUGGUUAUAUGCAUGUUUUUAAUGUUUUUAUUUUUUUGUCUCAAGGACUCAGGAGGACCUGCUGGCGCUGGUGGAUGCUCAGGUCCGCAUCGCCAAAGUCUGUGGCGACCCAACUGGGGCGCUGGAGUACAUAGCAGGUAACACUGCUUUCUCUACUUAGACCUUAUGUAACAGCUGAGGAGUCCCUGGUAACUAAUUUAAUGAACAACCAUUCCAUAAAUUGAAAUAGAAUUGUCAAUGGUAAACCUAUUGUUAAUAUUCUGUGACAAUAUGAGUACAUAAUUUGUCUUGGGAUGUGUCCCAAAUAGCACCCUAUUCCCUACAUAGUGUACUACUUUUAACCAGGGCCCUGGUCAAAAGUAGUGCACUAAAUAGAGAAUAGGGACAAGGCCUUGAUUUUGACCUUUGUGCUCUGGGAUGUUGGUAGCCAACCUGGUGUAUGGAGGCCAUGUGGCAGACCUGGCAGACCUGGAGGCAGUGGAGAGUGUGUCUAGGGCCUGUCUCAGAGCAGCACCUCCUCUCUGGGGUAGUGGGCCUCACACUCUCUCAGAUAUCAUCCACAUACCUGGCCGCUUUGGUACUGAAACACUUCACUAUUAACCAGCUACAAUGCCAUAACAGACCCUACCUACAUCACUAACAAAAAUAUAUAUGUACUACAUUAAAGACUAAUUAAUAUCCUAUGAAUUUGAAGCACAUUACCCUACUUACAUGUUCAGCAGUCAUAGGAAUCUGUUCUUCUGAGUAAAUGAGGAACAUUUCUUUUGACUGUCUUUUGCAAUCUCUGCAGACUUAUCAGGCCUGCUGCAAAGUCUGGAGCAACGUGUUCAGGCUUUGGCCAACACCAGCGACCCCUUGGUGUUGGGCUUUAGUGCUGGUUUGGCAGGAGAGCUGGUGAAGGUUCACAGCCGCACCCUGAACACUCUGCUUCAAGACUCCCAGAAGCCCUUUGGCAGGGUCAGGAGCACCAACGAGCUGACCCACCCUGCUCUGCUGCCCGACUUCAACCAGGCCCGGGACCGGCUACUGGCCCUGAAGGAAAGUCUGGGACGCAUGGAUGACAUCAGGGUCGUGAGUGUAGGAGCUCCAUCCCUGGGACCCCUACGCAACUUCCUCCAGGCAGAGUGGGACGGACUGGUUGAUGUGGUUUCCUCCCUGCACUCUGAGCUCAACCAGCCCAUGCGAAACAGCAAGCCUACAGUCUCCUCUCUACUGAACGUCUCAAGCCUGUUCCGCCUAGAAAGAAGAGCAGAGCUGCUCAAGGCGUACCUAUGUGAUGAGGCCACAAGUGGUCCUUCCAAUGCCUACCGCCUGUCUGCCUUCUCCAACGCCAGGGGCUUUCUGGGCGCGUUAAUCAGGGAGGCUGCCCAUGCCAAGCAGAGGGACAUCAGCAACGUCUCUCUGCAUUUCCAAGUACAGUAAUCCCUAAACUGCCUCCCAAAGCUACCAGUUCCACUCGUUCUUAUUAGACCUACUAAAAAUUACAUUCCAUGUAUUAAUUGCUGUUUUACCUUGUCUCGCUAGGUGCUGAGUGCUGCAACAUCCCCAGCCUCUCUUCCCCUGAGCGGUGUGUAUCUGUGUGGACUAGAACUGAGAGGGGCACUGUGGGAUACGCGGCUAGGAGCCCUGCAGGACACGCUAUCUCCUCAGCCUUGCAUACUCCCCCUCCUCUGGGUCAGAGCACGGGUGAGGAACACCGACACUGUCCGAGCCCCAGACAGCCCCCCCUGCAACACCUCCUCCCUGCCCCUCUACCACUGUCCCCUCUAUCUGGACGGAGAGCAUGGGGACCGUAGAUACUGGGAACUGGCUGAGAAUAACAUUAUUGCCCGUGUCCCUCUAGUGGCCAAGCUAGAUCCUGUGCUAUGUACACUGAGAAGAGUGAGGCUU